AUGGAGAAAAAUGAUGGUUUGUGUUUUAGAAACAUAUUCUUCACCUAUGAUGAAGUAGCCAGUUCUUUAUUGCUUCAGAUGGCAGUGUAUUUUAAUAUCUGUUUCACACCUUUCUGGGUUAUUUCUCAUAUUCUGACCUUCAAUUUGAAGUACGAUGCCUUAAAUGAAAUCUACCAGAUUGUGCUGAGUGUAGUUUUCUUCAUUAUCUUUCUUGUGGAAGGACCUCGCCUGUAUCUUGGCUACGCAGGAAAUUUAAGCGAAAGUGUAAGUAACAGACAUUUAAAAGAAAAUUAA